CCGUCCAAUCCGCGCCCGGGGAGAGGGCGGUCAUUUGCAUAAGGACCCAGCUGCGAAAGGGGCGGCGCUUCUGCGGAUGAAAGACUGGGGAAACUUUUGCAAAGGCUCCCUGUUAAGAGCGGUCGCCUGAGUUUCUCAACACCAACGAACAGAAAAUGUCCCACGGCGCCAGGCAAGCGGCUGGACUUCUGAACGCUGCGGGGAAAACCCAGCCGGGGGGUUUCCUGGUGGCAAUCAAACAGGAGAAAAGCGAAGCCCCUCGUCUGAUCGCAGAAAAGCCACAUGGCGAAGAAGAGGUGAGACUCCUGCCCGUGAAGAAGAGGGGCUGGCCGAAAGGGAAGAAGAGGAAGAAGAUUCUCCCGAACGGGCCAAAGGCCCCGGUGACAGGAUACGUCCGCUUCCUGAACGAACGGCGGGAGCUGAUUCGUAUGCAACACCCGGAUCUGCCCUUCCCAGAGAUCACGAAGAUGUUGGGUGCAGAAUGGAGCAAACUCCAGCCGGCGGAUAAACAGCGUUACCUGGAUGAGGCCGAGCGCGAGAAGCAACAGUACAUGAAGGAGCUGAGGGAAUAUCAGCAGUCCGAAGCCUACAAGAUGUGUGCCGAGAAGAUGCAGGAGAAAAAAAUCAAGAAAGAGGAUGCCGGUUCUGGAGUCGUGAACACGCUGCUGAACGGGUACAAGCUCGGAGAAGGAGGCAGCGAUGGAUUCUCGACUUUUGACGUCCCCAUAUUUACUGAGGAGUUCUUGGACCAGAAUAAAGCCCGGGAAGCGGAGCUCCGUCGCCUGCGCAAGGUGAACACGGAGUUUGAGGAGCAGAACUCCAUCUUGCAGAAACACACAGAGAACAUGAGUUGCGCCAAAGAGCGCCUGGAGCAGGAAUUGGCUCUGGAAGAGCGCCAGACCAUCGCCUUGCAGAAGCAGCUACAGACAGUGCGCCAAGCCUUGACCGCCAGCUUUGCCAGCCUGCCAAUCCCAGGCACCGGGGAGACCCCGACAUUGAGCACCCUUGAUUUCUACAUGGCGAAGCUCCACAGCGCCAUCGAGAGCAACCCGGUACAGAACGAGAGGCUCGUGGUGCGGGUCAAGGAGAUUCUGUCUCGCAUCGCCAGUGAACACUUGUGAGCAGCCACGACCUCACAGCGCAACUCGAAAACGUCGCACAACUGUGCGUCUCCUCAAAGUCUCCCUUCUUGCAGCUGCCUCCGCCUUCCAGACCUCCUCUCUUUAACUGUGCCUCUUCUGUGCUCCUGAGAUGUUUCAGGAUCAAUCUUCUCCCAAUCUCCUUAUUCCUCCUCAAAGCUGUCCGUCAGGGUGGUUAGAUAUUUUAGAACAUUAGUAAAAAAAUCAUGUUUGCGCAAAGGUUCCUCCAGCUCCGAAAUUCUGCGGUUCUUAUCGGGGAAGGAAGACGACGACAGGAAUCACAAUUUUUGCCGCCGGUGUUUUGGCGUUUUAUUGCGGCGAGAACGUCGGUGGUGCGCACAUUGCGGCACAAAAUCCAUAGGGUGUUCCUUCUUCCAAACUGCUUAAUUGACUAUAAUUGAUGGAUCCGCGUUUGCCCCUCAUUUUUCUGCGCCUGCCUGCUGUUUCUUAAACAAGAGAAGAGCACCGCUUUCGAAUCGGCUAGAUUUCUCAAGGAUCUGUUUGAAACGCUGCCGUUUUCACGGCACGGCCAGCCAGCCCAGAGUCAGGACUUCCGAUUUGCGGCACAGUCGCUCGCGGGGACGAAUGAAUAAAUUUACGAUAAUUGCUGGCUAAGGUUUGAUGCAAACAGGGCACAUGCUGCGUCAGAAAUGCAGAUUAAAUUUUUGCAGGGGCCCCCCAAAUAAGUGUUGCGUUUUAAAUUGGAGAGACCCAGACAUUAAACCUGAGAUCUUUUCCGUGCAAAGUCCCUGAGCUACACGGAUCCUGUUCCUUUCUAGGUAAAGGGACCAUGCAAUGCGGCUUGAGAUCCAGCCCAUAAUUGCUGGACUCAGUUAGUGGCUUUCCAGGACUUUUAGAGUGGAAAAGACCUGCCUGAAAACCAUGUUUUUACAGUGCAGUCGCAGGUAAGACUACUUGGGAGUAAGACCCACUGAGAUUAAUGGGACUUCACUCUCAG